AAUCAACCGAUGCAAACUGAUUGCUGAAAGAAAACGAAGGCGAAAAUGUGGCCGUGUUUAAGCUUAGAUUGGGGCUAUCCUUAACACCAGUUUCCUUGAAACGCCUGUCUCCUCGGUACUAUCAGAGAUACACGAUGGACCCGGACGUAGAGAAUAGGGCAGGCGCCCCUGAUGGUGGGCAGCCUGGUGGUAGCGAAUACCUCCACAAUUCGGGCGUAGCCCUUUACAACAUGGAUAAGCGACCCCGGCGCGAUUCUUACUGGACAAUUGCAUACGUCUCGCUCGCUGCGCUGGUCUUCUUUUGGGCUAUUCCUUGCUUCACGCAUACGGACCCGCACAGCGGCAUGUACAACCCCGGAUUUUACUACAACAGCACCAGCUGCGACAUCGAAGCGUAUCAGGCAGUGCACCCGCCAGUGUCCUUCAACGUGGACCAGACCUUCCUGCGCGCCUUUAAGAAGUCUAUCUCCAUAUGGCUUCCCAUCACGGCGGUCCUGGCAGUGCUCUCGUCAGCUCUGUACCUAGUGCUGUUCCGCCGCUUUGCCAAGGCCAUGGUUACAGCAACCAUCCUGUUCUCCGUGGGUUCGGGCUUGCUGUUCGCCCUUGUUUGCUUCUUUGUGGGCGCGAUCCCCUUUGGCGUCAUCCUGCUCAUCUUCACCAUCAUCACCGCCGUUUUCUACUGGUGGAUCCGGGCGCAGCUGCGCAUGUGCGCGGAACUCCUGGCCAUUGCUGGUCGCGGCCUGAAUGAGAACUUGGGUCUGAUCCCGGCUGCCAUCGGCAUCAAGUUGGUUGGCCUGUGCGUGCUAGUCUAUGGAGCCGCGGGAUUCUUCUCGGCUGUUAACGUGGGCCACGUGGAGAAGAUGCCCAACGUCGUGAUGCACCCUAACGGCCCGGAGAGUGCCGUCUGCUUGGACAGCAUGUACAACGUGGUACCUUGCUGCCGGUUCAAGACGGAGACCUGGGCCGGCGCCUUUGCGUUCUUCGCCUCGUGCUUCAUCUCCUGGACCGGGAUGCUUAUCAUGCAGCUUAAGCUCUACACGGUUGCAGACACCAUCUCCCAGUGGUACUUCUCGCCGUCGCUGGCAGGCAACACCUUCGGCAGCUCCUCCUCGGACGGCAUGCGGCCCGGCAGCGUACGGCUGGCGCUGGACCACUGCCUGCGCAGCUCCUUCGGCUCAGUGGCCUUUGCGGCCGCCAUCCUGGCAAUCCUGCGCAUGAUCCGCCGCUCGCUGGAGCGUGCAUCACGCAAGAACAUCAUUUGCUGCAUCAUCAACUGCGUUGCGCAGCCGCUGCUUGCGAUGAUGGAGAAGUUCACUCGCUUCGCCACCAUCGCGGCCGCCAUCACGGGCGACGCAUUCGUGCCCGCCGCCAAGUCGGUGUUCGACACUCUGAAGCGCAACUUCCUGCAGACCUACAGUGUCUGGUGGGUUCCUGAUUCGGUGCUGCAAUUCGCGGUUGGGCUGCUGUCGCUGACCUGGGCUGGCAUCGUCUUCUUCGCCACCUACGCCGCUAACAAGAACUCGGACAAUGUGUGGCCAGUCACCUUCGCCACCGCCGCCGUGGCGUUUGUCUUCAUGUUGUACGCCCUCCUCUUCGUGGCCGGUCUCCUGCUGGACGCCAUCAACACCAUCUACAUCUGCUACGCCAUGGACAAGGACCAGCGCCGCGUGACUCACCCCGAGAUCCACGCCGUGUACAGCCAGAUUCCCGGUCUCGCCGUAGAGAACCCCGAUGGCGGUGUCAUGUACGGCGAGCCCGUUCCCCAGCAGCAACCCCAGGCGACCGUGCCGCCGCCGUACCCAGGCGUCUACGCGCCGGCCCAGUACCCGCCAGCUGGCUACCCCGCGUAUCCUGCGUACCCGAGCUACCCACCGGCGGCGGCUGCCCCAGGCGCUCAGAUGCCCCCUGCUGCCUACCCGUACGCGCAGCCGCAUUACCCUGCUGUUAACCAGCAAUAAUGCUACCACCAGGGCUAAGAGGUCGUGAUGGGCACCUGGUGUUAUCUCUUCGGCUGUGCACGAGGGGACGUUUGAGAUCGGUUUUACAUGCAUUUAUCAGGCCUCGUAGAAGCCAUGAACUCGUGAGCAGCAGUUAGUCAUGUGGUAGUUCGGCCGUUUCAUCCAUGUGCAUGCAUAGCUUGAAAGCUUUUUAUACUGUCAUCCGUGCACCCGGUUUGCUAUGCUGUCCAUUAUAACGUUUCAUGCUGGUACUGAAAGAGUUUUGCAAGCGUCCACUGCUAGGGGCAAUCGACCAAGGCGGCUGGCAAUGCCGUAUGCGAGCCCAUGCCUCCAAUGAAGCCAUGACUUUGGAGGGAGUACCCACGAAGGAUUCCGAAGACACGUUGUGCUUGCUAUCUCGUACGUUAGGGUGAUGAUUCAAGUGCAGUGUGCAGCUUUAGUUGGGAGGCGUAGCAUAGUUUGGCAAUACUGUAAGUUUGCCCAUGUCCAGGCCCUGCCCCCUUGAUUAGCAUUUCCUCAACAACGACGGGCGAAUAGCGCCAGUAGCAAAGCGCAAUUGCUUAUCGCGACAUUAAUAAAUACGUCAGCUGACGUGCUGUUGGUGUACCUGUGUUUCAGCUGUUUGCAACAGCCGCUAGCCUGUAAGCAACAUCCUUG